AUGCACUGCCGGCCAUGCACUGGCAGUGAUAUUCCUACGUGCUCAUGUUCAUUGUUUUUCUUUCAUUCGAAUUACUUUGUCACCUCACAGUAUCCAACAUUCAUUGCACCAGCCUAUCAUCAUGAUCGAACAUCGUCGCCGUCAGAAAUACCAGGACGUCGUCGACGAUUGGAAGAUCCAAUAAUCACGCAUGCUUCGAAUUAUUACGCUACUUUACCACAUCAAAUAUCUCAGUCGAUAACACAAUCUUUUCCGUCACCACCUACGCCGCCUCCUUUACCAUCUCCUCGUCGAAUUUAUCAGCAAUCGAAUCGUAAGGAUGACUAUUGCGAUCUUUUCAAUCUUCUCGACCGCCCACCCUCGCCCAUAAGACCAAGAAGAAAACAUGUUAACAGUCAUGCUAACUCACGUCGUCAUCAUCGUCCGCCAGUCGAUAUAAAAAAUGUUCACAUAAAACAAGUGAAAGAUGCGAAUGAUCGUAAAUCUAAUCAUCAUCGUCAAUUAUCUUCUUGUCAAACUAAAGAACAUUCGAAUGAUAUAUUGUUAUCAAAAGACAAAACAAAGCAAACUAAUGAGAUUUGCCAACGACGCAGAACAAACAAAGGAUUCUUUCGACGAGUAAUGCACAAUUAUUUUUGUAUGCCUUCUCCAAGCGCUACUAAUGGCUAUUCGAGUUAG